UUAUAGAAAAUAACGACAGACUCCGCACAAACAGAGAAACCAAAUAUUGUCUCGAUUUGCGCGAUCUGGCGGGGAAGUUGAGGACAUUUUCUUCAAAAAAUUCAUGAAAACGCACUCAACAAUUUAGUUCCAGAUUCCUCCCUUGCCAAGCAACAAUGGCCAUGGCAUUUUCAAUGCCAGACUUUUGGCCCACGGCAAUCGACGCAGGUCACGUAAUGAGGGCUGCAACAAUUGCAGGCGGAUCCGCAGGACAAAGCGCACCGCAUCCGAAUUCGGGCUGCGUCAUAGCGCGAGGUCCAAAGGUCAUAUCCGAGGGCUUUCUGAGCGCCAGGGGAGGCAAAAGCGCGGAAAUAAAGGCCAUUGAGAAGGCUAGCGAGCACGCAAAGGGAGCAACGGCGUACCUCAAUUUGGAACCCUUUACGACGGAGGCCCUAAAUGCUCUCUGCGAGGCAGGAAUAGGCAGAGUAGUGGUAGGGUUAAAGAACCCCGUAAAAGAUCAGAAAGGUAAGGGGAUUGAAACCCUAAGAAGGGCGGGGGCAAUUGUGGACAUUGUUACAGAUCUGCAGGCAGUAAAAGCGUGCCAAUCUGUGAAUUUGCCGUUGAUUUACAGUAGCCUUUACGGGAUCCCCUUUUCGGUGCUCAAGUAUGCCAUGACUUUGGACGGUAAGAUUGCCGCUAGCGGUGGUCACGCGGCCUGGGUGAGCGGUCACAUGGCGAGGAGCCGCGUUUUUGAGCUUCGUAGCCGCUGCGAUGGCGUCCUCGUCGGCGGAAACACAGUACGCCGCGAUGAUCCGUUGCUGACGACGCGGCAAAUCGGCGGGCACAAGCCGGUGCGUAUUGUGAUGUCGGCGUCGUUGGAUCUGCCGGAAAAUGCAAAGCUUUGGGAUGUUUCCGCGGGCCCUACGAUCGUUGCCACGGCCAGGGGCGCCCGCAGGGAUUUUCAGAGGGUUUUGGUUUCGAGAGGCGUGGAGGUUGUGGAGUUCGAUCCCGUGACCCCCCGGGCUGUUAUGGAGUACCUUUGCCGCCAGCGAGGGUUUCUUUCGGUUCUAUGGGAAUGUGGAGGGGGGCUUUCGGCGCCCGCCAUUUCGGAUGGCGUUAUUCAUAAGGUUGUGGCGUUCGUGGCUCCUAAAAUUAUAGGUGGCGCCGCUGCACCGUGUCCAGUUGGCGAGCUCGGAUUCGUCAAGAUGACGGAUGCGCUCAAACUUGCUGACGUGUCGUUCCAGCAGGUCGGGGAUGAUAUGCUUGUCACUGGUUACCUGCACACCAUUCCAAUGAGUUGUUGAUGUGUCUUCAUGUGUUGUUCCAUGCAGGGCGGGGAUGAUAUGCUUGUCACCGGUUACUUGCACACCAUUCCAACGUGUUGUUGACAUUUCUCCACUUGGCAUCCUAUGGUAAGGAUAAAUCAUUGGAAUGAAUAAAUUUCUUUUGGGAGAGUUUCAUAUCAAAUUCUCAAUAGUGUUAUAGGAGUAAGAGUCUUAGGCUGAAAACUCUUCACCCAAGAGUCAAAGAGGCUUUGGUUUAAAAUUCUUCACCCAAGAGUCAAAGAUUAGGGGUAUUAAGAGAGUUUUGUAUGGAAUUCUUGAUAGUGGUAUGGGAGUAAGAGUCUUAGGUUGAAAACUCUUCAAUCAAGAGUCAAAGAGUCUUAGAUUGAAAACUCUUCAUCCAAAGUCAAAGAUUAGGGGUUUCAUUUUCUUAAAGUUAAGAGUCCAAUCCGGACUAAAUAACAUCCAAGAGACCAAAUACUUUAAGGGAUUAUGAAUUACAAGAGCCAUAAUAAAAAUGUGUCACAUCUAUAAGAUAUUCUGAAAUUUCAAGUGAUGCUAAGUCAAUGCUCUUGUUUGGAAUUGUUUUUCGUGAAUAUUGUUUUCAUAGCUAUGAUACAAUUUUGAAAUUUCCAGUACGAAAUGUUAAGUCAAUGCUCUUGUUUGAA